GAACGAACCAUCAGACAUCAAGGGCAAUGAAAUACCGCUUGCUUUAACGUGUCAAUAGUCUAUUUUUAUUUCCGUAUUUUUCUUUAUUUCAAAACUCUCAGUAGGGCUUCGUGGUUGUAACUUGGCUCUUAUCCCAACGUUUUACUCCAGAAAUAUGUCAACAACAGAAGAGCACUUCAUGUAUUUUGCCUUCGGAAGCAAUUUGUUAAAGGAGAGACUUCAGCUUGCGAACCCUUCGGCAAUAUUUCACUCCACCGGACGACUGAAGGACUACACAUUAAACUUUGGUCUGUGGGGGGAGCAUAUUGACAACCGUUGGCAUGGAGGGGUAGCAACCAUUGAGCCGAAGGAGGGGGAAGAAGUGUGGGGUGUUAUCUGGAGGAUGUGCAACCAACACCUAACCAGCCUAGACCAGCAGGAGGGGGUUGACAGGGGUAUGUACUGUCCACUAGAGGUGACGGUGGAGACCAGUGACGGGACGACGCUGCUCUGUAGAACAUACCAGAUGAAUCACUUUCACGCCUGUCUCCCUUCACCACAAUACAAACAGGUGGUGUGUUUAGGAGCCCAGCAGAAUGGUCUACCGAUGCAGUAUGUUAGGAAGCUAGAGGAGGUUCAGACCAACAGCUACAACGGACCUUCAAUCCUGGACCAGAUCUCACAGGUCAUGAAGUAAACAAAGGAACAACCCUGGUCAGAAGGAGGACACGCAUAAAAAUUAGGGGGCCAAUUUGGGAUAAAGAGAUAUCAACAAGACUGAGAUGUUGCUUUGAAGAGAGAUGGGAGAAACUGUAAUGUAUUAAUGUGGCCCUAAAUUGAAAUGAUUUACUGCAGGAAUCAAUUUGUUUAAUGAAAAUGAUUCUUUGGCUCAUAAGACAU